CUUCACAUCACAUCACACUGAUCACCUGUAAGUUGGAGUGAGAGAGAAAGAGAGAGAGGAGAACCAUGGACACCGGAGCGCAACCGAUACCGCCACGGCGACCACCGAUGGAACCACUUCGCCAACAAGGAAAUGGGGAUUUCACCGCCAUUAUCACCGUCUUAUUUGCCUUUAUUGUCAUCUGCUCCAUGGUUCUGAUUCCAUCUUCAUCACCAAACUUGAAAAACAGCUUAACAAUCUUACAUCAAGUUCCUGAAGGUCAUGUUGGGGUUUAUUGGCUUGGGGGUGCCCUCCAGAAGACAACUACAACCCCAGGUUUUCAUCUGAAGUUACCUCUGAUAACUCACUACGAGCCUGUCCAAGUGACCCUCCAGACAGAUCUGGUGAGGGAUAUCCCUUGUGGGACAAAAGGAGGUGUUAUGAUCAACUUCGACAGGAUAGAGGUUGUUAACCGCCUCAACAAGGAAUCCGUGUACGAGACCCUUCUCAAUUAUGGUGUAGAGUAUGAUCAUACUUGGAUAUACGACAAAAUUCAUCACGAGAUCAAUCAAUUUUGUAGUGUUCACUCCCUUCAAGAAGUUUAUAUUGACAUGUUUGAUCAGAUUGAUGAAACAAUGAAAGAUGCUCUUCAAGCUGAUUGCACUCGUUAUGCACCAGGCAUUGAAAUUCUCAGCGUACGUGUCACAAAGCCUAGAAUCCCAGAGAGUGUAAGGCGAAAUUUUGAACAGAUGGAAGAAGAACGCACGAAGGUAUUGGUAUCAGUAGAAAGGCAGAGAGUUGCGGAGAAAGAGGCAGAGACACAAAAGAAGAUAGCUAUUACGGAAGCGGAGAAGAAUGCCCAUGUUAGCAAGAUCAUUAUGGAACAGAAAUUGAUGGAAAAAGACAGUUCGCGGAUGCAAGAAGAAAUUUCUAAUGCAAUGUACGUGGCUCGAGAAAAGAGCUUGGCGGAUGCCAAAUACUACCAGACCAUGAAAGAGGCUGAAGCAAAUAAGUUGAAGCUCACACCCGAAUUUCUGGAGCUUAAAUUUAUUGAGGCAAUCGCUAAUAACUCCAAAAUGUUCUUCGGAAACAAGAUACCAAGUAUGGUGUUGGAUCAAAGGCUGCUGGGAAACUAUUUGAAAGAUGUGGAAGGAAGAAGGAACUUGGAAGCAUGAUUUUGUUACUUUGAAUCAAAUAUAUGAUUAAUAGAUCCAAAGAGCACACAGAUUUGGUUGCAUUUUCAUUUGGGACUGUUUUGUUUUGUACUUGUUUAGAUAUUGUUUUCACAAAGAAUAUGCCAAAAUUUUGAAAUAGAAAUUAUUGGUUGCUUGCUAUUU